CACAGGUAGGAAGCGUCUUCCUGCUCAUCUUCCUACACAGACGAGCGAGGUCCUCACCUCGGUCUUUACGACUUCCUCUUACUCUCCCCCUUCUCGAGCCCUGAUCAUUGUGCCUGCGCAGUUCGUAUUGCUCCGUAGGUGCCCAGCCAUCUCUCUGCAGGAGAGGAGCUGCUUCUGCUAGGAAUCGCAGAGCUUCCUUUUACAUUGAGCUCUGGCGAGGCAAAGUCACCAGCGUUGAGCCGACGCAAGAAAGACCUCAAGACUGUCAAAGCAGGCGGCGGCAACUUCGUUUUCCAGGUAGGGGAAUUACUCUGAGCGCUACCAUACCCCGUCACGAUGGGGCGCAAGUCAGAGAUUCAGAGGAUCCAGCUGGAGAAGCUCAUGGGCCCCGAGGCCAUGGGCCUCACCACUGAGCAACUCCACUUCACAGACGCCAAAGUCUGCCGCAACUUCCUUUGCGGAACAUGUCCGCACGACCUCUUCAGCAACACAAAGGUGGAUCUGGGCACAUGUCCAAAGUCACACACUGCUCGUCUGAAGGAUGAAUUCAAGGCUGCUCUUCAGAAGGGAGAAGAACAUCCUCAAUUCGAGGCAGAGUACGAGGACAAUAUCCGCAUCUUCAUGGCUGAUAUUGACCGCAAGAUUGCAGCAAACAAGCGCCGCAUUGACCAAACGCCAGAGGAGACGGCCAAAUUCACAAAUCUGAUGCACGACAUCUCAGAAAUCGAGACGGCCAUGAACAAUGCCAUGGCAGAAGUGGAACGAUUGGGAGAACAAGGAGAGGUGGAAGAGUCGCUCAAGGAGCUGCAAAGGGCUGAAGCCCUGAGGGCGGAGAAGGCAGAGAGGGAGAGGGAUCUGCAAAUCCUCAGUGACAGCGCUGGAGCUAGUGGACACCAGAAGCUCAGGGUAUGCGACGUCUGUGGAGCCUACUUGUCCAUCCUGGACUCGGAUCGACGACUGGCAGAUCACUUUGGUGGAAGGAUGCAUCUUGGUUACCUGAGACUGCGAGAGAUCAUCACCGAGUUUGACGAACGGAGAGCUCGGGGAGAAGACCCAAGGACGCUCAUGGCUCGGGGCGUUGGCGCUCGAGGCCCAACUAAUGGUCACGGAGCGCCUCCAAGCGGACCGGCUGGCAAUGGCUAUGGAUCUUCUGCUCCCCCUCCGCCUGGCCUUGACUCGGAUCGUAGUCGAGAGAGAGAUCGAGAGAGGGACAGAGAGAGGGAUGGAGAUAGGGAGAGACGCGAGCGGGAGAGGCGGGACCGGAGAGAAGGUCGGGACUACCGCGAUCGUUCGCCAGAGCCGAGGGACCGCUCUGACAGGGGGGACCGGAGCGAGAGGGACAGGGAAAGGGAUCGAGAUGGGAGGGAUCGCUACUCUUCGCGCUCGGCCAGGUUACCAGAGGAUUCAAGUUCGCGGAGCGGAACUUCUGGUAGGAGGAGAAGUCCUGGUGGGACAUCGAGGUCACCUGAAGCAGAGAGGUAUCGCAGCAGUGGUGGGGCUGGUGGAGCAGAAAGGAGGUAUUGA